AUGGCAACAUCUUCCUCAGUACCAAUUCAGUGGAUCCCCGAAGAUGACCUCUUGUUGAAAAACGCUGUUGAGGCUGGUGCGUCAUUGGAAGCACUUGCUAAAGGUGCUGUUCAAUUUUCUCGCAGAUUUACCUUUAAAGAACUGCGAGACAGAUGGCAUUCUCUUCUCUAUGAUCCUGAUAUUUCAAUCCAAGCUUCUGCCCGCAUGUUUGAGCUUGAGAUCUCUGGCUUCAACUCUUCAUCAAAGUUAACUAGAUUGGAGAACAACUUCAAAGGCAAUAAAGAGGUUCCAUGGAAGAGGAAACGUGAAAGCAUUCGCAGGCAUUACUAUGCCAUGCGGAAAAAAAUUCGCAGCGAAUUGUUCGGUAACAUUGAUCUAGGUUUUUUCGAACCCGAUCUUCAUGACUGCAGUGGGCAGGGUGCUGCUUUUCAGAAGCAAGGGGUACUUGAUGGUAAUAAUCCUCAGGGUGGAAAUUGUUCAGAUAAUAUAGGGCUUCAUGAAGAACAUUUGGAUAUUCUAUGCCAGGCCUUUCCAGAUAUUACUGUGUCUUCUAAUGCAACUAUUAUAUCUCACUCUGAAUGUCCAAAUCCAAUUAAAGAUAAAUGCCCAACUGAAAUCGUGAGAAGAUAUGGGUUUGAUGAAAAUGCCUCAACCUCAAUAACACAAGGUGAAAGUAAGUUUUUUGAGGCUAACAUCAAAAGUAAGAAAAGUCUUCCAGUAGUGCCAUCUGGAAGAGAAUUUAUUGGAUGUUCAGAGACAAAACACUUGCCUCCCUUCAAUUCAACAAAUGAAGACCUUCAUAAUGAUCGUGUUAAAUUAGAAGGUAGACAAAAGUUCAACCCCUCUAACACAGAUGACAUUGCCCCAUUUUGCACAAUGAGGCUUCCAUCUCACCAGCCUAAUUUGCACACCUGGAAAAAAAUGCGAGAUGUUUCCUCUUCUCUUAUGCCAGUUAGUGUAAGCCAGAGAGAUACAGCUCAGGUUGCUGUAGAGAUGCUUUCUGAUGAUGGUGAGGGUAAAAUAAGUUCGUCAACAUACACAGUCGUACAUUCAGGGUCUUUACUGAGUGUGAGAUGCAGUAAUUCUGAUGUCAUCAAUUCAUCAACUGUGUCAGAGAGCGAAUUUGCAGACCCUGAUUCACUAUUGAACCUUUCAAAUGAAGAAGAGAUGCUCUUGGUGGACGUGGAUGAGAAACAUGCAACAGAUAAAUCUUGUAUUGAUAAUAAGAAUUCACUUCUCUUGAACUCUCCAAAUGAUGUUCAAGAAGAUGAUAACGUUGGCAAACUCGAAGUUGGGGCUGUAAUGGUUUCACAGAUUUGUUCUGCAUCUACUCCUAGUGGAAAUCCCGUGGUGUCAGAAGUUACACCUUCCACCAUUCCUAGAGAGCAGACUCAUUUAGAUGUUAAUGCACCAUCAAAUUCAACUUUAAAUUUUGAAUUCAAUGAACUUGGUGAUGGAAACAUAUGCUGCACUUUGAACACUGAAGACACUGAAAUUCCAAGCAAUGAUGAUAUAUUCUUACUCAUCCACCCUUCCAUUUCAUUUGGUUCUUCUGCAACACAACCAAUUUCGACAGCUUCUAUGGACUUAACUUCUGCUUCUUAUCAGAAGGAUAAUGAACGAGCAGUGAACUUGUUGAGAAAAGUAAAUCAUUCUGCAGAAGCUUUUGCAUGGUCUCACAAGGUCGAACCACAGAAUGUGUUAGAACCACGUCCUUACCACCCACUUGUUGGUCGUUCAGCUAAAAAUGAGCUGCUUGAUUUUAAACCUCAUGCCUUGCUUCCUGAAUGUGCCACCAGAUCUUUUGCUGAUUCUGGUAAAGGCAAAUCAUUGCAUGCAUUUCAAACAGUAUCCAGUGAUAGACUGCUACUGAAAGAUGUUGAAGGAGUUGGUACAAGGGUUGGAGACAGGGCAUCAACAGUCAUGGAGAUGCCACAAUAUACAGAAGCAGGUUCUGGCAUAACUGUAGUUCCAGAAGAUGGGGAUGACCCCUUGAUGUCUGAUCUGGAAGACUCUCUGAUUGAUGAUGAUGUGCCUUAUUUCUCUGAUGUUGAAGCUAUGAUACUUGAUAUGGAUUUACAUCCAUUUGAUCAAGACUCUAAUAUGACUUGGCAAGUUCCAAGUUACCAGUAUGAUGGCACUAAAAGGACAAUCAUAAGGUUGGAACAAUGUGCUCGUUCCUCUUUGCAUAGGGUCAUUACAUCUCAAGGAGCCCUUGCUAUCUUAUAUGGCCGCCAUCUUACACACUAUAUCAGAAAGCCCAAGGUAAUACUUGGAAGAUCAACAGAGGAUAUCAAUGUUGAUAUUGAUUUAAGCAAAGAAGGACGUGCUAAUAAAAUAUCUAGACGACAGGCACUCAUCCAAAUGGAAGCGGAUGGUUCUUUCUUUCUGAGAAAUCUUGGUAAGAGUCCAGUCUCUGUGAAUGGCGUUGCAAUAGCUACUGGACAGUUGCUGACCCUUAGUUCCAGUUGUUUGAUUGAGAUAAGAGGAAGGAGCUUUGUGUUUGAAAUCAACGAAAUAUAUGUGAAGCAGCACUUGGAAAACGUCGUCCAGAAAAAAGUAAGGAAAGAUGAGCAAAUUUGA